AUGUCUUCCGGUCAGGGAACCAAGCGUACCUUCAAGCUCAAUAUCGGCAACGAGAUACCAGCCAUUGGCUUUGGUACCUGGAAGUCUGAGCCACAAGACGCCUACAACUCGGUAAUCUCGGCUCUCAAGGCAGGCUACAGGCAUAUUGAUACUGCGUUUAACUACGGAAAUGAAGGCGAUGUCGGACGCGCCAUCAAGGACAGCGGAGUUCCCCGAAGCGAGAUAUUCCUGACAACAAAGCUAUGGAGCACCUAUCACACGAGGGUCGCCGAGAACCUAGAUCUGUCACUCCAGCGUCUUGGCGUCGACUACCUUGACUUGUGGCUGAUGCAUUGGCCCGUUGCGAUGAAUCCCAACGGAAACCCGCCGCUCUUUCCCCUGCUUGAGGAUGGCACACGAGACCUGCAACGCGACCGCCAUUUUGCCGCUACAUGGCGCGACAUGGAGGCGCUGCAAGGCACCGGCAAGGUCCGAGCGAUCGGAGUCGCCAAUUUUGACGUACAUAACCUUGAAGUUCUCCGUACCCAGUGUACGGUCGUUCCCGCUGUCAACCAGGUCGAGCUCCACCCUUACCUCCAGCAGCCGAAGCUCAAGCAGUACUGCGAUGCCAAGGGCAUACACAUUACUGCCUAUUCGCCGAUCGGAAAUGGCAGCCAGGAUCUCCUCAAUGAGGCGUGCCUCGUAGACAUUGCCAAGAAGCACUCAUGCGACACGGGCGCAGUCAUGCUGGCGUGGGGUCUGCAGGCCGGUCACAGUGUGAUACCCAAGUCCGUUAAAGAGUCUCGUAUCAAGAGCAAUCUCGAGGCUGCCAACAUGAGUCUUUCGGAAGAGGAGAUGAAGUCCAUCUCCACGCUGGACAAGGGCCACCGAUACUGUAAUCCUCCGUGGGGUGUUACGGUCUUUCACGAUGAGUAA